AUGGCGCCCCGCGACGAUGAGCCGGCCGAUCUGGGCCACCCGGACUCGAUUACCUCCGAGAGCGACUCGAAGCACGCCGAGAAGAAGAAGAGCAAGAGACCUGCAAACACCGCUUUUCGGCAACAACGUCUCAAGGCAUGGCAACCUAUUCUCACGCCUAAGACCGUGCUGCCGCUCUUUUUCGCAAUUGGCAUCAUCUUUGCGCCCAUCGGUGGCGUUCUGCUCUACGUUAGCGCGCAGGUACAGAUGAUUCAGCUCGAUUACACCAACUGUGACAACCAGGCGCCGACGGCAGGUUUCGAGGCCAUGCCGUCUGACGCCGUCAAGAUGCAGUUCAAGGCAUCUAGCAACUCAACGACGGCCGCCGCUAUGUGGAAGCGCACGCCCAUCGAGGUCACAUACGACGGCGUCAAGGUGCCUUUCCCCGUCAACGUGUGCAGCCUGCAGUUCGACAUCCCCGAGAGCAUGGGCCCUCCCGUGCUCUUCUACUACCACUUGACCAACUUCUAUCAGAACCACCGUCGCUACGUCAACAGCUUCUUCGACAAGCAGCUUAAGGGCGACGUUGUCAGCGACUCCGACGUCAAGGGCUCCAAGUGCGACCCGCUCGAAGUCAACAGCACCGGUGCCGCGUACUAUCCUUGCGGUCUCAUUGCCAACUCCUUUUUCAACGACACCUUCUCCAGCCCCGUGCUGCUCAAUGUCCAGGACGGCAGCAGCGACAACGAGACGUACGUCAUGCAGAACCAGACCAACAUUGCUUGGAGCUCCGACAAGUCGCUGUACGGCAAGUUCCCGUCGUCAAUGAGCUACUCACAGGUCUCGCCGCCUCCCAACUGGAUCCACCGAUACCCCAACGGUUACACCGAGUCGAACCCGCCGCCCGACCUGUCCACGGACGAGUCCCUCAUGGUGUGGAUGCGCACUGCUGGUCUGCCUACCUUCAGCAAGCUGGCUCAACGCAACGACACCACCGCCAUGCGCAGCGGGACCUACCAGGUCGAUGUUAUUAGCUUCUUCAACGUUACCGAGUUCCGCGGCACAAAGUCCAUUAUCCUGUCCACCCGUACUGUCAUGGGCGGCCGCAACCCCUUCCUGGGCAUUGCCUACCUCGUUGUCGGCGGUAUCUGCAUCCUCCUGGGUGUUGUGUUCACCGUCACGCACAUGAUUAAGCCAAGAAAGCUGGGUGACCACACAUAUCUGUCCUGGAAUAACGCGCCGGCGCCCUCGCGACAGGCUGAUGCCGGUGGUGCUGGUGGCAGUGCUGUCCUCGCAUCGGGCCGGGACGUCGGCGGCAGCGGGGCGUAG